AUGCCGGCAAUUCCAAAACUUCUCGGAACACCAACCGAAUACAAGGAUAUAGUUGAUUAUCUUAAAUCAAAAAAAUACCUGAAACCAUCUAUGAUCCCGUGGCAAAAUGUAAAUUUGAAGGAUAAUGAAAUGAGUGUUUACGAAAUAUCAGAUAAUGAUCAGGAUAACAAAAUGAGUGUUUACGAAGCACACGAUAAUGAUUAUGAUAAUGAAACACCAGAUAAUAAUAAGGAUGAUGAAAUGAGUGAAGAAUCAAACAGAGAUGCUUCGGAAACAUUUACUCCUAAUAACGUUAUAGAACAACAUGUUUUACGAGUGUCAAAAAUUCAUGAGGUUAGCUAG